UUCACACCGAGACCAUUUUCCUUUGCUCAGACGUACUCGCAGAUUUCGUCGUCUCAGAAUAUUUCACCUCCACAUCCAACACUGACAUUGCGUUUCUUCCAGAUGGCGGUCUCCAGGAUGCGGUCCGCCUGGGCGGCUCUCUGCAUCGCCGUGCUAGUGAUGUCAGGCUCUGCUGAAGGUGCUAGUUUGGUGACAUUAAAAGCGGCGAACACAGAACCGUCAUACUCUUAUGACUUAACCAUGGACGUCACAAACCGCAUCUACAGUGAUUCUCUCCUCAACCCUUACUCUGACGACUAUAAUAUGAUGUAUGAGGAAGUUAGCACUGCGCUCUACUCUGUCUACGGCUGCCCCACUUGCGACACACGCACAUUUUAUCAAGGUGUGACAGCCAUGACCUUCAGUGACAAGGCUGGAUCUGUGGUUGUUCAGGCCACCAUCAUGUUCUACUCAGACCAAACCAAUGCCAUGGUGAUCAAGUACCUAUUUCUGCAGGCCGUCAAUAGCAGAAAUGAAAUAAAUGGCCUGAGAAUCAACCCUGGAUUCACACAGGUGUCUUCACAAUCCACAAGCGUUUCCCAUCCAACCACCACUCCAACCACCACUCCAACCACCACUCCAACCACUACCCCAACCACUACUCCAACCACUACUCCAACCACUACUCGUCUAAUAACAUGUGACCCAUAUUUAACUAAUCAUGAUAUCAUUCAGAUAAUUAUGUCAUGUUUUAUCACUCCAACCCCUACUCCAACCACUACUCCAACCACUACUCCAACCACUACUCCAACCACUACUCCAACUACUCGUACCACCACUCCUACAACAACUACAACCACUACUCUAGUCUAUUAAAACAGGGUGAAUCCAUUCCUUUAACCGAUCUCCUGCCAUUACUAAAACUACUUAAUCAGAUUGUUUAAAAAAGAAAAAGAAAAAAAGAAACAGAUUGCAUGUAGUUAAUCAUAUGACAUGAUAUUAAAUUCAUAUUAAAACAGACGACACAUGAAACCCUUGAAAGGCUCGAUUAAAGUAUAAUAUUCUAUCUGUAAAGAGCAACCUUUUUUUCACACCUCCUGUGUUCAAACACCAUCUGAGUCACCGUCCAAUGGGCAAUCUGUAUUUUCUCUCCCAUUACCAUGGUAGAAAUGGGAUUUAGAAAUGUUCUGUUUUCUGAAGUCUAUACUUCAUAGCCUACCCAUUAACCUCCUACAACUACCUCACCUCUCAAUCACAAUACAUUUACAGAGUGGGAAUGAAAUAGUCCCUGCCCACAAGAUGUCAUGUGACCACAUGUCAAAAGGACAAUGUUCAAAUCACUUUUGUUUGUUCAGAAAUGACUUAAAUAUCUGAUAAUCACCUGACAUCUUAAGAGCAUGUGUUUGUUACUCCUUAACAAACUUUUAACAUCGAUCAUUGCUCUUGUAUUUCUUAUAUGAUUCAAGAACCUAUGUUGUAAACCUGCCUUCACAAUUUUUACAUCAUUCUUCCUCUAUUCAGUAUCUUUCUUCUUUCUUUUUUCUUUUCAUUAAUGUCAUUUUCAGUUAAUCAUUAGAGGAAUAGAUGCAGAUUUGUCUACAAUGUCUCAAUGCCUGUUGUAAACAGCACAAAACUAAUAAAAUGGGAUUAUGCAAGCUUGAAA